UAUAUUUUUAGAAUGAAUCUUGACUUGAAUCUUUUUAGAUGUGAAUGUCAAAAACUUUUUCUAUGUCAAUUCAUAAUUUUGUUUUGACAUAAAUGUAUAAUUUUAAGUGUUUUCGUUAACUAUAAAUUAUAAAUAUGUCUUUGGAAAGUGAUCAAGAAAUCGACGUCAUGUUUGGUUUAAAGACUGUGUUAACAAAAAUCGAAGCCGCUGUUAGCCGAAGAAGCAAAGAUCUUCCUCAAAUUGCUCCAAAAUUGGUGGCCGUAUCAAAAAUAAAACCUGCAUCAUUGAUAAUACAAACUUAUGAAGCUGGCCAGCGAGAUUUUGGUGAGAACUAUGUAAAUGAACUUGCGGAGAAAGCAAGUGAUCCAACUGUACUGGAGAAAUGCAAAGACAUCAGAUGGCAUUUCAUUGGACACUUGCAGACGAAUAAAAUUAACAAGUUGUUGAGUUCACCCGGCCUGCAUAUGGUACAAACUGUUGACUCUGAGAAACUGGCUGAAAAUUUAAACAAACAAUGGCUGAAAUACAGAAAGGAUGAAGAGAAAUUAAAAGUUAUGGUGCAGAUCAAUACAAGCAAUGAAGAAGCAAAGAAUGGGAUCCAACCAACAGACACAACAAAAUUUGUUGAAUUUGUUUUAAAUAGCUGCCCUAAUUUGCAAUUCCGAGGCCUAAUGACAAUUGGUCAAUAUGAUUAUGAUGUCUCAAAAGGACCUAAUCCAGAUUUCCUAACACUGGCUAAAUGUAGACAGGAGAUAUGUGAAAAUCUAAAUUUGGACAUAAACAAUGUAGAAUUGUCUAUGGGUAUGUCGAGUGACUUUGAACAUGCUAUUGAAUUAGGGGCAACUACAGUUCGAGUUGGUUCAGUUAUUUUUGGUGCUAGGCCACCAAAAAAUACAUAAAGACCUUUUUUUAAACUGUCGUGUUUAAUAUACAUUAUUUAUAUUAUUAACCGGGUCUUAACACAAAUAAUUUUAUGGCAAAUAAACGUAUUUACCUCUCUCGACGUUUCGAUGAAACGAGAGGUAAAUACCUUUAUUUUAAUAAUAUAAAUAAUAUACAUUAAGUAUCUGUUAUAUCUAGACACGCGGGAGCGUGUCAAAGCCAAGUUUAAGUAAGAGAACUGGCGAGCAGCACCGUGUGUAGUAUUACACGAACCAUUUGGAGCCACUUUUGACCCCCUCAUAACUCAAAAACUCUU